AUGGUAAAAAUUGGAGUGUCCUGGUUGUUGCUGGCUCUAAUGAAACUCACUUACCAAGAAAUCAAGGGCCAUGAAAUCGUAUCAUUUCAAGAAGUGUAUGAUAUUUGCCAAAUAGAACCUAGUAUCGAUAUAUGUGACUUAUUGGAAAAAUCGUCUGGUCUAGUUGACAUAAAUAAAUUGGAUUUGCCAGAAAAGCGCCGUCAGACACCCAUAUUUAACAGUUGGGGUGGUAAAAGGCAGAGCACUUAUCCAUAUGGCGGAAAACGACCGGCAUUUUCCAGUUGGGGAGGCAAACGAACUUCCGAUAAACGCAGUAGACCUAAACAAACAUUCUCUAGUUGGGGUGGCAAAAGGAAUGAAAUUGAUAGUUAUGAUGACAACGGAGAAAUGGCUGAACAUCAGAUGGAAAAAAGAGAACUAAACAACGUUAAAGAGGAAGAAAAAAAAAAUUACAAAAAUAAAAUGACUAAAGGAAUACAUACACUGUUUACUAUUUUCUCAGACUGGUCAAGGGAUCCAGAAGAAAAGAAGGGCAUUCGAUACGCAGGUCUAAAAAGUAUGAGAAGAAGUUCAGUUUUUUUUCCGUGGGGAGGUAAAAGAUCCGGUGGAAAUUCUGAUUAA